ACUUGUUUACUUAUUUGAUGUGAAGGGAAAGUAGAAAAUGUGAGAGAAAGGGAAUAGUGGAUGAAACCCAAUGGUUAACAAGAAGCAACAAAAAAAAAAUAUUAACAAUAAUAAUAAUUAAUGUGAAAAAAAAAAUAGGAGUUGAGUUGGGGUUGUCACAAACCCAAAAAAAAGGCCUAUUUUUGUGUAAGAAAUAGAAAGUUUAUGAACACGAAAACCCAAUAUAGAAUGGGGCCUUUGUAUGUUCAUUAUUUUAAAAACCCAUAUGUUUGCUUUGAGGAAUUAAAAAGAAAAGAAGAAGAAAAGAGAAAGAAAAUGGGAAGAGGGAAAAUAGAAAUAAAAAGAAUAGAGAACUCAAGCAAUAGACAAGUUACAUAUUCAAAGAGAAGAAAUGGUAUCAUCAAAAAAGCCAAAGAAAUUACUGUUCUUUGUGAUGCUCAAGUUUCUCUUGUCAUUUUUGCUAGCUCUGGAAAAAUGCAUGAAUAUUGCAGCCCUUCUACACCUUUGGUGGAUAUCUUGGAUAAGUAUCACAAGCAAUCUGGGAAGAGGCUGUGGGAUGCUAAGCAUGAGAAUCUGAGCAAUGAAAUGGAUAGAGUUAAGAAAGAAAAUGACAACAUGCAGAUUGAGCUAAGGCAUUUGAGAGGUGAAGAUAUAACAUCUUUGAACUACAAGGAGUUAAUGUCUCUUGAAGAAGCUCUUGAAAAUGGCCUCACCGGUGUUCGUGAGAAGCAGUCGGAAUUCAUGAAAAUGAUGAGAACAAAUGAGAGAAUGAUGGAAGAAGAGAACAAGCGCCUCAACUAUGAGCUGUACCAAAAGGAGAUGGUUGCAAUGGGAGAGAGUGUGAGAGAAAUGGAUAUUGGAUAUAAUCAAAGAAUGAGAGAUUUCAAUUCUCAAAUGCCUUUUGCUUUCAGAGUUCAGCCUAUUCAGCCAAAUCCACAAGAAAGGGAAUAAUUAAUCAUAUUUUACAUCUAAUUUCUCUCUUUAUGUUUAUGCUGUUGGGAGUCUUAAAACUCUUUUUAAUAUAAUCUCUAGACUUUUAAAUUAUGUGUACAACUUUGGGUUAUGUGUCUUAUGUUAUUAUGUAAUGUUAUGAUGAGAACUUUAAUCACUGCUAAGCUAAAUGUCAUGUAGUUUUCAUAUAUACUAUGUUGUGUGUGAUGUGAAUGAAAUAUGUGUGUUUGUCAAUGUAAAUUGACAGUUUGUUGUA